AUGAACAACAACAGUAGUGGCAGUAAUGGGCCUCCUUCAAAUAACGCGAGUUCUAUGUAUAAUUAUUCACAUUUUAAAGACACGAAAUAUAAGAAUGCACAAGGUACUCCAAACAGAAACUUUCAACCAGUUCCCUAUACAGAAGAAGAGCAUCAGAGAAUCCAGUAUUUGCUAGAUAAAGUAUUAGGACCAGAGUAUGUCAGUUUUCGCCCGGGAGGUGGAGGGCAAAAGGUUUCUUAUAUUGAAGGUUGGAGAGCGCUUAAUUUGGCGAAUGAAAUAUUUGGGUUUAACGGAUGGUGUUCAGAGUUAAUAAGCUCUCAGGUAGAUUAUUUCGACACACAUGGAAACACAGGGCGUAUUUCUAUGGGACUUUCAGUCGUGGUUAGAAUUACGAUUAAGGACGGCACGUAUCAUGAAGAUUUUGGAUACGGAUAUAUCGACAAUGCAAAGAACAAGGCAAUGGCGUUUGAGAAAUGUAAGAAGGAGGCAUUCACAGAUGGUUUGAAGAGAUGUUUGAGGUGUUUUGGUAAUGUUUUGGGUAAUUGCUUGUAUGAUAGAACCAUUAUUUCUAAGAUUCAAAAAGUUCGGUUGCCAGCUCCAGAAUUAGAAGCUGACAACUUCCACAGAGACCCUUUAAUUGCCCAACGUGAGAUGAAGAAAAGACAAACAAUUGGAGUAAGUAUCCAUGAAAAUGGAGAGGGUAAUACCGAUAUUUCGAACAACAACAUUCCUAAGGGAAAUAAUGAUAAUGAAACAACAAACAGCAAUGAAAAUAAUAGAAAUAAUGCCCAAAACAACCAAAAAAUAUCGAGUAACUCAACAAAUACCUUGCAGACUCCAAUUUCUAAUAAGAACUUCAACAUACCCAAUUCCACGUCGCAGCAUAGAGAUAAUAAUACAAAAGCAAGAGCAAACAACAUAUCUCAACCUGGUGGGCCUCAGAAGCAUAGCCAUAAAGCUUCUAGUAAUUAUACACCAGCUCCUAAAAAUUAUGACAUAGUAGGUGAUUUUGAUGAUUCACUUGUAUUUAGUGAUGACCUUCCUAUGGAUGACGAAGAAAUGAGCCACAACGAUGGACUAGAUGAUUACGAGUUACAAAUGCUUAUUCAUAAGAACAGACAAAAUGGUGGAACUGACGAUCCUGCUCUAGUAGCAAGAAGUUCGUAUGCCGAAAAUAGUGAAAAUUCAAACAAAAAUAGUGAGUCGAACCCCACAAAUAAUAACGCACAAGAGAUUCCAGACCAACCAGCAUUAUUCGUGAGCGCAAAACGGGCAGAUGCAUUACAACAGGCACCAAAGGAUGCAUCUAAAAUUCCACAAUUUGAUGCUAAAUAUGUGUCACCGAAUAUUAGAAGAACGCUUGACCACUCAAAAUCUGUGCCAGUGAGAAGGUCCGAAGUGACCCAAGCUACAAGUGACAAGCCUAGGACUAAUAUUGGACCCUCCAAGGUCAUGAACCGAGCUAGUCCUGGUCCUGGUCCCACAUUAACAAAUAGUAAUACCAACAAUCUUGGUAAGCGAAUGAUAGGAUUACCGCCAUCUCAAAAGCCUCCAUACAAAAGAAGGCAUCAAGAGUAA